AUUUUCCUGCAGCACGCAGUCAGUCAGUCAGACGGGCUCUGGCUAGAAUAAUAAUAAAAUAAAUAAAUAAUUUAGUGAUAAACUUUAUUGUGUGGUUAGUCAUAAACAGUUUGUGCCAUGAAUUGAUAUUAAUUUAAUUUAAAACAUAAAACAAAACAAUAGAAGGUAACUAAAAAGAUUGAACACCAAAUCCACACAUACAAAAGAAAAACAAAUGGCAUCCUAUCAGUAUUUCCAAUGGUACUGGUCAGACUUUUGUCCCACAGGAAUAACACCGUUUGCUGCCGAUUCAAAUGAUCUUUUACCAUGUUUCCAAGAAAUCUGCCUUCAAAUCCCAGUCUAUACAAUUUUCGCAGCUGUAUCUUCCUAUAAUUUCGGUUGUUACAAUCGACCAGUUAUAAGAAAUCCAACUCAAAAGCGUUUAAUCUAUUUGCGUAUUAUCACAACAUUGUUCCUAGCUGCUUUGCCAGUAACAAAGAUUUUCUUCUUCCAUUCAGUGGGAUUGCCAAUACAACCAAUUGAUGUAUUGGUUGUGAGUAUAGAAUUCGUUAUGUGGGUCCUACAUUGUGGUUAUCUUUUGUCAUCGAGAAGGUUUGGAGAGUUAAGCCAUCGAGGAUCAUUGAGUCUGAUAGUUUUGUGGUCGUCGGUGUUUGUUUUAGAUGUUGUUUGGCUAAGGUCGAAUUUUAAAAGCUCAUUUUGGUCAUGGAGCUUGGCUACUGUGAUUAUGGAUAUACUCUAUGGACUGACAUUGAUACCAAAAGGAUCCGCAGUGCCAUCGUUACAAAAUAUUGAUCGAAAUAGUGAGCAACAAUCCCUACUCACCAAUCGCUAUGUUUACUUUCACUUUAAUCUCAAUGAAUUUCUGCUUGGCCAUGCUCAAGACGAAGCAUCAUGUUUAUCAAAGUUUUUCUUCUACUGGGUUGAACCGUUGAUUACAAAAGGAGUCGCAGGAAAUCUCAAGAAAAUUGAAGAUCUCUUUGAUCUUCCAGACUGUUUGAAUAUCUCGGGAAUAAGUGAAAAACUCCAUAUGCAAAUAUCUCGAACAAGGUCGACCUUCUGGGCACUGCAUAAGACAUUUGGUCGGGAAUUCUAUUUUAUUGGCCUUUUGAGAUUUAUGGCAGAUACUUCGGGGUUUGCGGGACCCCUUUUACUUGGAGGAUUAUUAAGUCAACAGGCCACUAAUCUAACUGGAACAGAUUCUGAACCCUAUUGGUAUGCAUUGGGUCUUUUUGGAUCCACUUUGUUAUCUGCUGUGUGUUCAACUCACUUCAACUGGCGGAUGUCCAUCAUUGGCAUGAAAAUGAGGAUAGGCGUAGUCACCGCCAUCUACCGGAAAGCUUUAGAAGCUCGAGGACUUAAAAACUCCCGUCCGGAAAUUUUAAAUCUAAUGUCAACGGACACAGAUCGAAUUGUUAAUUCUUGCAUAAGUUUCCAUUCGUUUUGGAGUAUUCCGUUUCAGCUUUUUACUACACUGUACCUGCUUUAUACACAACUUGGAGUGGCUUUCUUAGCUGGGGUAGCUUUUGCCACUAUGUUGAUUCCCAUCAACCGCUGGAUAGCGAGAAGUAUUGGCAGUAUUUCGAAAGACUUGAUGACAGCAAAAGAUGCCCGUUUGGCAGCAACUAGUGAAACUAUCGCUGGAGCAAAGCAGGUGAAGCUGCACGCAUGGGAGGAUGUGUUUAUUCAUAAGAUAAGAGAUCUUCGAAAAGAAGAAAUCAAGUAUCUUGCGAAGAGAAAAUAUCUCGAUGCUUUAUGUGUCUACUUUUGGGCUACAACACCCGUCCUCAUGUGUCUUCUUACCUUCGGGAUGUCAGCGUUGUUAGGAAAUACUCUCACAGCCGCAACAACUUACACUAGUGUUGCUCUUUUGAACAUGUUAAUCGGUCCACUGAAUGCUUUUCCCUGGGUUCUAAAUGGAUUGGUUGAAGCUUGGGUUUCUGUAAAUCGUUUACAAGAACUUUUUGAUCUUCCAAAUUUGGACUUUUCUUCGUAUUAUCAACCUGUGAUCAAAGGUUCUGCACCGCAAAAAGUCGAUGAAAAGCCAACUGUUCUCCAGCUGAAAGAUGCAACUUUUGAAUAUGAUCAAGGUCGAUCUCCACAUGAGGAUAAUUUUGUAUUUCGUCUCAAGAAAGUCAAUCUCGAUGUGAAAAAGGGCGACUUAAUUUGUAUUGAAGGACCGUUGGGAGGUGGAAAAAGUACUUUCGUUUCAGCUCUUGUUGCUGCCAUAGAAUGCAUUGAUGGAUAUGUUUGUGUUCAUGACUUAACUGCUGGAUUUGGGUAUGUUCCACAAACUUCUUGGCUUCAGAGAGGAACCAUUCGAGAUAACAUUCUCUGGGGAGCUGUAUUCGAUGAACAACUGUACAAAAAUGUUCUAUUUGCCUGUGGUCUGAGUGAAGACCUCGAGGCUCUGGGUGGGGAUCUAGUUGGAGUUGGGGAGAAUGGUAGGACUCUGUCAGGUGGUCAACGGGCAAGAGUUGCCUUGGCUAGAGCCGUUUAUCAGGACAAAAAAAUUUAUCUCUUGGAUGAUGUUCUGUCAUCUUUGGACGCCCAUGUAGCGAAUCAUGUGGUAAAAUACUGUCUCCUGGGAUUGUUAAAGGAUAAAACAAGGAUCAUCGUCACAAGCAAUAAGACUUUGUUCUUCAAUUCAAAUCAGAUUCUUCAUGUGGAUAACGGUGUAGUGACAAAAAGCGAUUACAUGACCGAAAGUAUUGAUCUAAGUCUCGAAGAUGAUGUUGAUAUUGGUAUUGAGCCAUUUAGUCAAGUUAGAAGUCGUAUGUCAAGUGUUGAUCUUCUAAACGACAACAACGCAGAGACAAAAAGUCUUGAUAGUGUCAUGAUGGAGGAGUCUCGAGAAUAUGGAAAUCUAUCAUUGAAUGUUAUUUCGUGCUAUUGGCGGGCUGUGGCAUGUCCUUUAGGAACUGCUGUCCUCAUAUUCGUAGUUCUUAUGCAACUCUCGAGAAAUGUUUCAGAUGCUUGGCUAGCUCAUUGGGUUACUGAUACGAAUAUCAAACCAAUCAAUGGAACUAAUCUAACAGAGACUCUUGUCGGAAAUGGAACGAUUCCUGUUCCAGAGCACGACUAUCGUUAUUACUUGGGAAUAUUUGCCUCGCUGGCGUUGACAAAUUCCAUGUUGACAUUGAUUAGAGCUUUUUUGUUUGCUUAUGCGGGCAUAAAAGCAGCUAAAAUUAUCCAUGACAAACUUCUUAAUAAAGUUCUUUAUACAAAAUUCCAAUUCUUUGACAUAACUUCUGUGGGUCGAAUCUUGAAUAGAUUCUCCUCGGAUACUUACACAAUCGAUGAUUCUCUUCCGUUUAUUUUAAAUAUUCUACUCGCCCAAGUUGUGGGACUUACAGGAGCUCUCUGUAUAAGUUUAUAUGCCAUGCCGUGGCUUAGUUUGGUUGUUGUUCCAAUGGUUCCGAUAUACUUGAGUCUGCAAUAUCGCUAUCGCUAUGCUUCGAGAGAUAUUAAGCGUCUUUCUAGCAACGCCCUCUCUCCCCUCUACACCCACUUCACUGAGACUCUCGAGGGGAUCACAACAAUCAGAACGAUGCGAGCUGGUCCUCGGUUUCAACGUGAUUUCCAUGUGAAACUCGAAGAGAGCAUAAAAGCUCAACUAACCUCUGCGGCUGCUCAACAAUGGUUGGGACUUCGUUUGCAGAUGUUGGGAGCUAUGUUAGUUGGUGGGGCGGGUAUCCUUGCAGCCAUGACAUCAGCACAUACCACCAACCCUGGAAUGGUGGGUUUGGCAAUUUCCUAUGCUCUCUCAAUCACUGGGCUUUUGAGUGGAGUUCUCAAUGCUUUGGCAGAGACUGAACAGGAAAUGAUCGCUGUGGAGAGAGUCGAUCAGUAUUUGAAGCUGGAAGAGGAACCCAAUGCCAAUGGGAGUGCAGAUCCACCAUUUGGAUGGCCUAGUCAGGGUGUGUUGUCCUUCAAAGAAGUUCAACUAAAAUAUCGAGAGCAUCUAGCGCCAGCAUUGGAGAAUAUAAGCUUUCGAACGGCAGCGUUCGAGAGGAUAGCAAUUGUUGGGAGAACUGGUGCUGGCAAGAGUUCGAUUAUCGCAGCUCUCCUACGAGUGGCUCCAUUGAAUUCAGGAGAGAUUUCGCUGGAUUGUGUGAACUUGAAAACUCUCCCUCUGAAAAAACUAAGGGAUCGAAUUGGAAUUAUUCCUCAAGAACCGUUCCUCUUCGAAGGCACUGUGCGAGAGAAUCUAGAUCCAAGGAGUAGAUUCAUUGAUUCGGAGAUUUGGAAUGCAAUUACAAAUUGUCUGGCCACACCACUAGUACAAUCUUUAGGUGGACUGCAGGGAAGACUCGAGAAAGGAGGAACAAAUUUGUCAGCAGGACAGAAGCAACUUUUGUGUCUCACAAGGGCGUUGCUUAAAAAUGCAAAGGUCGUCUGCAUUGAUGAAGGAACAUCGAAUCUCGACUCUGAUUCAGAAGCAGCCAUUCAAAUAGCUCUAAGAAACUCCUUCAAGAGUUCGACAAUAAUAUUUAUUGCCCAUCGUUUAAGUGGGCUUCAGAACAUGGAUAGAAUUAUCGUGUUGGAUCAUGGUGAAAUUGUUGAACAGGGAAUACCUCGAGAACUGGCCGAGAAUCCAGAUUCCUUGUUCCAUGGGAUGUUGCAAGCACAGAGAAAUAAAGACUACACAAUUAGCGAAGAUGAAGGAAGAUUGCCGGGAACAUAGAAGACAAUAUUACACAUCAUGUAAAUCAAAAGACUACUUAAAUUUAUAAUUUAUUGUUUUACUGUAAUUUGACUAAACAAAAAAAAAAUAACUCAAGAUCUAAGCUGUAGAUGGAGCUGAGGAUUUAUUGCAUAUUUUUAUACCUACGCUGAAGUGAAAAAAGAAGAAGAAUGUGUUGCAAGAACAACACAUAUUUUUUUUUGUUAUAAUUUGUAUUAAUAAAGUUGAAAUUUAUUAAACUUUA